UUGGCAUUUGGAUAAAUCGUUGGUUAUAUUUUAUAUGGUGGUGACAAAGAGAGGACAAAUUAUGGGCAAAAAAAAAUCUGUUUUCUAUUGUUUCAAAAUAGUGUAGAAAUAUGUUUUCACCAGCCGCCAGACAUUCUGACGAGCGUUGCAUUAAGCUUGGAUGUCGCUUUUACAUAUCCAUGUUCCCUGGCGUCGUCAUAGCAACCACUGUCAACAAUAUGGCUCAUGAGGAUAACCACAGGAUUCAACGCUCAAAGCGAGUUUUUAUCAAUAAUGUUGACAUUUAUGCAUCAAACUACAUCGGAAAGUUUUUGUCGGCGAGCUAUAUUGGAUCGACUCUUGAGGAGGCGACAGAUGACUUUGAAGAAGAAGACUUGUCUCCACGAAACCCUGGUCAGCAAAAAGUCAAACCGGGAGGUUAUAAAAUAGUUGGGACCAUUAGAGACCAGUCAGACAGCAAAAAGUGCAUUUACACCUCAGAGGAAUAUCACCAAUUAGAUCGCAAUAAACUCCUGAAGCAAAUGCUGGAGUGUGAUGUCAUCAUAUAUAACAUCACUGAAUAUGCAGAUCAGAUUGAAGAGGCUUCAUGGGCAGUCAAAGCCCUACAUGAAAAGAUGGACACGUUCUUCAGCCCAAAGACAUUCAUCCUUGUAUCAACAGUCAUGACAUGGGCCCUGAGCAAGCCAGUCGAUGCUUUGGAUCUGGCCAUUCCUUUCACAGAUGAGGAUUAUAGAAGACGAAGACCACACCCCAGUUUCAAACAGCACAUCAAUGCUGAGAAACUUGUGGUCAAAUUGGGAAAAACUAAAAGCUCUCAGUUCAGCACGUAUGUAGUGGCAUCAGGACUCCAGUAUGGAAUGGGGGAGCAGGUUUUUCACUUCUUUUUCAAAGCAUCUUGGCUGGGAGAGAUUCCCAAAGUUCCUAUCUUUGGAGAAGCCAGUGCUCUCCCAACCAUACACAUCAAUGACUUGGCCAGGUUUGCUUGUUUUUUUUUUAUAGGUUUUUUUUGUUUGUUUUACUGUUCAUUGUCUGUACUGUGUUUAAUCUUCUGUGUUAUUCCGGUUUCAAGCGUGAUCCUUAACCUUAUUGAUCACAAGCCAAUGCAACAAUAUAUAGUUGCCGUGGACGACUCGUAUAAUACCAAUGAGGACAUAGUGAAGACAAUAUCGUCAACACUUGGACCAGGACGAACUGCGGUGGUUCCAGCAGAGGAGGCUUUUCUCGUUCGAGAACUCACACAAACAUAUAUCGAUUUGCUGUCAGUGAAUCUUCGCUUUGAGGCGGUCUUUAUCAAGGAAAGACUUAACAUCCGCUGGGUGUCUGAAGCUGGCUUGAUUGAAAACAUUGAACAUGUCGUGGAGGAGUACAAGCAGACCAGGGGGCUUCUGCCCAUCCGUAUCUGCGUGCUGGGUCCGCCCGCUGUGGGAAAGAGCACCAUCGCUCAGAAGAUCUGCAGACACUACAAGCUGCAUCAUGUCAGGCUCAGAGACACCAUCAGUGAGACCAUCGCUCACCUGGAGUCACUCAUUCACGUGGAUAAUCCCGAUGAGGAAAGUGCUGACAUGGCGAGUGGAGCUCAAGAACAGCUGGACACACUGAAGGACAACAUGGAACAGAAUGGAGGCCGGUUAGAUGACCAGUAUGUUAUUAAAAUCAUCAGGGAUAAGCUGAAAUCCAAGCCAUGCCAGAACCAAGGGUUUGUGUUAGAUGGCUUCCCAAAGACCUAUGAUCAAGCUAAGGAGUUGUUUAAUGCUGACGAUGAAGAGGGUGUGGACAUGAAGAACCUGAAGAUAUGCCCAGAGUUCAUCUUCCCUCUGGAUGCCACGGAUGCGUUCCUUAAGGACCGUGUGCUCCACCUUCCUGAGAAGGAGGUGGAGGGAAGCUCGUACACCCGGGAACGGUUCCCCCACCGCCUGUCCAACUACCGGGACAACAACACGGAGGACGAGACAGUGCUGAACUACUUUGACGAGCUCAAUAUUCAGGCAGAGAGCUUCGAGAUUACUAGCGUUGAUGACAUGGACUACCUGGUGGUGACGGAGAGGAUUGUCAAAAGAGUGGGUCCGUCCCAGAACUACGGCCCCACCACCAAGGAGCUGCAGGAGGCGGAGAGGACGCGCACCGAGGCCAGGCUGAAGAAGGAGGCCGAGCAGAAGGCUGAGAUGGAGAGGCUGGAGGCCGAGGAGGCGGCACAGAGAGAGGCACGCUGGGAGGAGUGGGUAAGCAGAGUGGAGGUGGAGUCUAACGUGGGGGCAAAGUAGCCAAUAGCUGAAGCAAUACAAAAAGGCGGAGAGUUUUGAGGAGAGGUUAUGCGAUUUAGUAAGACAUUUUAAGCAUCUAUAUGAUGUUACACCGCCAUGUACAACACUGACCUCCACUGUUGCCAUGUUUGUUGUUGUCAUAAAUAUUUGACUCUGAGCUGCCCUCUAGUGGAUGCCUUACGUAACAUCCAUGCCAACGUAAAUGACGCAUUGAAGUACGUGGGCAGUGACAGAUACAUUGUUUGAAAGGGACAUAUUUAUUUUC